AUGGCGAGCAGUACCACCUCCAAAGCAACGCGCCCUGCUUCGCCGAGCCCUUCUAUCGGCCUCAGCUCGCCCAUCAGCUUUCGAAACCGACGCGGCUCGACACACUCGAUAUCCUCUACCAUAGACAAAGAGCAGCUGGCACAAGCCCUUGACCAGAUCCACACAUCGGCUAGUCGGUGCGAGACCUUGACGACGUUUAACGACUUUGCUCCCCCGCCAGAGGGGAUCCCUGCGUCGGAGAGCCGGUCGGGAGCCGGGGAACUGGUUCAGAACGGUCUUAGCGGCCUGUAUAAUCGAUUUCGAGAAGCUGUUGGCGGUGUUAGUCCGACAAAAACCACGCCAAAGGAGCCCAAAGACGGGAAAGAUGGCUCUGGACAGGCAUCGGAAGUUGCUUCCAAGAGGUCGUCUGCUGCGCCAAGCCAUACCUCGAGGCCCUCGAUUUCGUCUCUCACACGAGUUGACACAAAUGCCACCAUAACAACAAAUUCUAUCUCGACUGUAGCCCUGACUGAUGUGUCUUCCCCGACAGGCACAUCAAGCAACGUAGAUAGCCGUCCGCAAGUACAGUCCACGAAAUCAAACAGCAUAAGCCUCAUGACAGGACCAAGAUCCAGCUCGGCUAGUAGACAGAGCUUACCCACCAAGGCCACGAGCUCUGUUGUCGCAGACCCUACCAUAGCUCCCCCACCUGCGCUGAAGCGGGAUGCGAGUCGUAGUACCAUUCGCACCGAGGACAGCGGGGGACAAUCUUCUAGCAGGAGGAGUCUAAGCAAGGCCGAGCUCCAAGCCGAAUCUGCGAGUCUUUACGACACCAAGGAUGGCCGGCUGCCACCUCGGGCUGGCCGUGAUGAUGAAUCCAGCAUUGAUGGAAGCCUCGAUGCUCCUUUCAGCCCCGUUGCAGGCGCGCCAUCGACAACAUCGACGACAAAUAGUCGACACCAUGCUCGAAAUCCUUCCGUCACAUCGUCAAUGCUGCAUCCCGACGAUAUGAGACGGACACCAGCUGUUAUUGAUAGAAUCAGCCGGUCUCGCUCCCCGAGAUAUCCCGGUUCAAGAGACUCCUCACUUGAUAGAGGGACCGCCGCAGCUAGUGCCAUUAAUACAUCUGCUCAUGGCUCCGUCUAUCACGACUCCUUCGGUCAAGAUGCCCAAUCCAAACUUCUGUUGCCUGAUGCUGGACGGAUUCCAGGGACGACAAGGGGUCAAGAGCGUGCCUCUGAUCAGAUGAAUGCACAGUUGGACAAGAUGCGAAGGCAAGUAUUGAGCAAGGAGUUCUGGAUGAAGGACGACACCGUCAAAGAAUGCUUUCUUUGCCAAACCCCGUUUACCGCAUUCAGGAGAAAGCACCACUGCCGCACCUGCGGUUGCAUCUUUGAUUCCAAGUGUACCACUGUGGUUUCCGGUGAAAAGUUUGGCGUCCAAGGGUCCUUGCGGGUUUGCAAAAAUUGCCUCGAAGUGAUUAGCCGUCGCUUCGACGGGAGCGGCUCUGACGACUCUGGAGACGAACGAUCCUUUCUACCCAAGAUCUUUGGACCGAACAACCCCAAAGACUCUUCUGAAACCGUAACAAGCAAGUCAAAAUCCAAAUCCUCAAGCGUCGCAGCUGGCUCUGAAGGAUCAGAGGAUUCGAGACCACUGACAACGCCAAUGAUGGCCAUUCCAGCUACCCGGCGAGUGAGAGAUUCUGCCAAUAGAGCCUCUGCUGUGUUGGAGAUUGACGCCCCGCAACUGAGUCGACCUGGCUCAUCUCGUUCGUUGAAGUCGUUGACAACAUCCGGCCGUCCUCAGUCCUCGGCUGGCCAUAAAAGACACCAUUCCAAACACGGCUUCCUUGGCCGGUUUAAACCAGCUCCAGAACAGCAAGCCCCGUUCAGGAAAGGAAUCGACGAAGAAAAUUCUAAACAACCAAAAUUUCCAGCCUUUCACGACGACAAUAUCAUCGACCCGGAUUUGGCGGAUUAUAUGUCGGAAGACUCUAGUGGAGACGAGCAGAUGGGCAUCUUUGCGACCAUGGCGGCAUCUGAUGUCCAAUCUACAAGCUAUGAGCACGAUAGAUCUGCAUUUCCCUCCUACCUAAAUCAAACCAGAAAAUAUCGCCACCGACCAGGGGAGAAGAGCAUCAGCGGAAUGAGCUACGUCAGCAGAGGAGUUUUUGACGAUACCAGUGGCCCAAUAAGCCUGUUAAAUCACAGGAGGUCAACACGACGCCGGAAUCUCAGCAAUGUUAGUGGAAGUGUUCAUCAUCACGGCUCUCCGAGACCCAAGUCUGCCAUCUAUAAAGGACCGUCUGCGUCAUCAGAGGCACUGUUUAACCUGGACCACCCGAACCACUCUGGCACACAGCUUACCAGGAGCGACUCGUUGCGCAAGAAGAUGACGCCAAAGCAGGAACUCAAUCGAUCCAGCUUGAAGCAUGUUGACAGACUACUGUACCAGCUCCUCGAUGAUGCCCAGAUUCCAAACCCAAGCGCAUGGCAAAAGUCCCUUGUACCUAUUCUUCUUCAACUGACAGACGACGUGACCCCGGACGUUGCCAAAGGAGAAGACAUGGAUCUCAGGCACUAUGUCAAAUUGAAAAAGAUUCCAGGCGGUCGACCCGGUGAUACAUCCUACGUCUCAGGGGUGGUAUUCACAAAGAACCUUGCAUUGAAGAGCAUGCCGCGGCGAAUCUUGAACCCACGGAUUGUACUCGUAACUUUCCCCAUUGAGUACCAGCGUCACCAACAGCAUUUUAUGAGUCUGCAGCCUGUAAUCGAACAGGAGAAAGAGUUCUUACGAGUUGUCGUGCAGCGAAUCACCAACCUCCGCCCCCAAGUUCUUCUUGCACAAAAGGGCGUAUCAGGAGUUGCUUUGCAGUAUCUCUCGGAGGCCAACAUAUCCGUUGCCUAUAAUGUCAAAGACACAGUCAUAGAAGCUGUUGCCCGCUGUGCCGAGACAGAAAUCAUUGAAUCACUUGACAUGUUGGCUCUUCCCGUACGGGUUGGACGCUGUUCUGCAUUUGAAGUGCGGACAUUCGUCAACAAUGAUUAUCCCGGGAGAAAAAAGUCGUACAUUUUCCUCUCCGGCUGCCGCCCCGAUUUGGGAUGCACCAUUGCAUUGCGUGGUGCGACUGGUCAAUUGUUACGACAAGUCAAGCACAUCAUGGAGUUUAUGGUUUAUGUGGUUUACAAUUUGAAGCUGGAAUCGAGCCUUCUUCGAGACGAGUCUGUUGAUCCACCAGAGGACAGUGAAACCUCAUUAUCAAAUUCCCUCCAGGGCCUGAACGAGAGCUUUCGUUCUGUGAGCUCGACUGGGGACUGUUGCAAGCAAGGUCCCACGGUUGUCGUCAAUCACCCGUCCAGCGAGAGCGAACCACCAUCUCAGGUUACUGUGGACAGCAUGAGCACGAAUCUAGACGAUGGCGACCAGUCGGGACAACCCAGUGGGCAACUGGCUGAACCAGCCAAGAUGGUAUCUUUGCAUGCCCACCACACCCACACCUCUGCGGACAGCCAAGUGCCUGACGAUAUCCCCAUGCCAACCUUUUACAGCGACAUGGUGGCCAAGUACGAAACCAAGAUUCUGUCCGCGUCACCGUAUGUAAAAUUCAAGCAGCCUUAUCUGCUCAUGAAGGCUCGUGAGCAAGAACGUCGACUCCUCUAUCUCCGGCGGCUGCGUGAUCAGGAUGCAGUCGAGGAAGAUUCAGAAAAGGCUGGCCGUCACAGAUUCCAGCUGAUUAAGCCGGAGAUGGUUGAGAAAAUUGGACAAAAGGCGUCUCGGCAAAUUAUGGAAGUUUUGCACGCCGUCCACGACGCGGAAUACGACAAGGCUCUCUUUAAUUAUCAAACCCAAACUCGUCAGUGGGAGACAUAUAUCCAAGGCAAUCUCGACCUGUUCGACCCCUAUUCACAUCAAAACAUCGUGGUGUUGUACUCGGUCAUCUGCACCGACACUAAAAUCCCAUGCAUUGAACCAGGGCUUGUGGCUAUUAAUUUCUACGAUGAGCAGCAUGUUGAUACUGGCAUGGAUGCCGACUGUACCCUCGGCCAGUACAUCGAGGAUCUGGCCUACAGCAAAAACGAUGUUUGCAACUCGAACGGCUGUGAAAAGAAGCUGGUUGAUCACCACAGAACAUAUGUUCACGAUGAGUAUCGCAUCACCGUCUUUGUGGAACACGUCCCAAAUCCUCCACCACGACGACCAGAGCUGGGUGACGGUAUCACAAUGUGGACAUACUGCAAACACUGCAAGAAAGACUCGGAGGAGACCGCCAUGACUGAUGCAACGUUCAAGUACUCGUUUGGCAAGUAUUUGGAGUUGCUCUAUUGGGGACGGGGCCUAAAAAUCAAGAAUGUGGAAGAUUGCCCUCACGAUCAGCACCGCGACCAUGUUCGCUACUUUAGCAUACGUGAUUCCCGUGUCAGAAUUCACUGGGAUCCAAUCGAUCUUCUGGAGAUUGUCGUUCCCCGAGCCAGGAUAACCUGGAAGGUGGCCAAUGACUUGAAACUCAAGAACGAGAUUUACACCAAAAUGGAAGAGCGAUGGAGCAAGUUCAUGUCUUCAGUACGAGCCCGGCUGAAGAGUAUUCGUACGGAAAGCCUUUUGCCAGAGAAGGAAGAAUCUUGCAAGGCAGAGGUGGAGAGACUGAUGAAGAAGACCCAAGAGGAGCAGCCAGCCAUCAUCCGACAGAUGCAACGGACGUACGUCGAGUCCAAAUACUAUGAAGUUGUUCCAUUCAACAAAAUCAUUCGUGAGAUGCUGGAGAAAGCUGGCGAAUGGGACCAAGCGUUUGCCGAGUUCGAGGCCGACUUUCUUGGCGACAAGGAUAUGCGGCAGAUUACAAUGAUGCAACUGAAGAAGAUCUUCACCGAUAAUGAAUCCAAAGAAUCUCUUGCGUCAAACGAGGGGACUGGCUCGGCCGCCGAUAGCGAUGAUCGCCCCUCUCAGACCUUCACCGAGGCUGCGGAGAAGAGUACGCAGCCGACAGAGUACACUGACACAGGCAUGGAAACCAGUUUGUCGUCGUCGAAAGCGUUGGAGGCAAGGCCGGAUGGCGAAGAGGAAAAGGUGUAUAUCCCCGCCGAUGGCGCCAUUGAACGUGUGGAAAGUCUAGAUCUGGCUGGAUCUCCCGAAGCAAUCACUACGCCUGCCCCGACACCGCAAAGCCCAGUCUCUACUGAGACGUCUUCACGGAUCCCCAUUGCGCAGACGCCGGUGUCCGCACGACCUCCAGCCUCGCCUACUGGUAUUGGCCGCAGCCCUACAGACACGUCCAUUUCUGGCCAGUCCCUCUCGGAGAAGAUUGACCAGAUGCGCCGAGAACAAGCUAUGCAAGGAGCUGAAGGCAACAUGGCGCCACCGAAAGCCAUACCAGAGCGAGGAUCUAGCCGUAAAUCUGGGGCGAACAUCUCGCCACCCAUGGUCCGGGCAACUUCUCAUCCUGUUCGAGCCGUGCCGAGGUCGCAGGCUGCCACUCCCAAACUCCCAGGGGCAAAGGACGUCAAAUCUGGGGCUGAUGCCACGGCGGAAACCCCUCCAGAAGGUUCAAUCAAAGUAGACAAGAAACUCUCAGAUCGUCUGGGCUUGACUGCCUUGAAGAACAGGGGCAAGAACACAACGUCUGGGAUCCCACGGCUCUCUCACAAGAAGAAAGAGUCCAAAGUUUCAACGUUGGCUAGGCAUUUCGAGCAGCUGAGCCGAGAAUUCGAGAAGGAGCGCAUCCGCGAUCGCAAGGAGAGAGCGGCAAGUCUUCGACAACCCCGGGCUCGACUUCCUAGAACCUCAACAAAGGCUAUUGUACAGGUGUAUGACGAUGUUGCUGAAGCCUUUGAGGAGCCGCCCCAAACAAGCGAACCGGUGUCAGGUCGAGACGACGAACAGGCCAAGACCAAAGUCCCGGUACAAUCAGAAGCCAGCGUUCCAAAGUCGGAGCCUAUGACAGAGCCACCAACCCCUGUAGAAUCGGAUACCAAGGCUGAUGAUCAAGUCUCCAAGUCGGGAACCGAAACAGCAGCCGAAGGAGAGACAAGUCUAGCUACGUCGGACGAUGAGGGAGGCAUAAGCGACAUUGAUUCUUCCAUCGCGGAUGAAUUCUUGCCUGACCUUAAAGAACUGGCAGAUGCCCUUGAACCUAGCACAGAAAUCCCACUUGAGCUGCCCAAACACCAGAAGACGAGCCUUAUGAAGUAUCUGACCAACUUUUGGGCCGAGACAUCAGCCAGUGGGUGGCCGCCGCUGGAAUAUCCCAUCAACCCCACGGAUCAUAUCUUUGUGGAUUCCGACAUCAUUGUGCGAGAGGACGAGCCAAGUUCUGUCAUUGCACUUGCCUUGAACAGCGACGACUACCAGGCUAAACUGUCGGGGAUUAGACGUGAAGCCCAAGAGGUGAUACAGCGCGAAGUGGAGGGCAUUAGCGACGGCGAGCCAAGAUCUUUACCAGCGUCAGAUAUGGGCGAUGGGAUGAUGUAUGAAGCAGAUUUGGAGAAGAGCUUGCUUCGUGCGACUGGGACUCAUCUCAAAUACCAGUUCAAAGAAGGUGCAGCCAUCAUGACGUGCAAGAUCUUUUACGCGGAACAAUUUGACGCCCUGAGACGAAAGUGCGGUGUGGCAGAGAGAAUAAUCGAAUCUCUGUCCCGCUGUCUUAAAUGGGAUUCCAGGGGUGGCAAGACCAAGUCGGUGUUCUUGAAGACUCUGGAUGACAGGCUUGUCUUGAAGAGUCUGUCCCCUAUUGAAACGUCGGCGUUUUUGCGGUUCGCUCCAAGCUACUUCAACAUUAUGGCCGAAGCCUUGUUUCAUGAUUUGCCAUCAGUCAUUGCCAAGAUGUUAGGAUUCUUCCAGGUCAUCAUCAAGAAUCCAACCACUGGAACAGACGUAAAGCUUGAUCUCUUGAUAACUGAAAACCUGUUUUACGAUCGGUCGCCGACACGAAUCUUUGAUCUGAAGGGAUCCAUGCGCAACCGCAAGAUCCAAUCGACUGGCGAGCAGAACGAGGUGCUGCUUGACGAAAACAUGGUGGAAUACAUUUACGAAUCACCAUUGUUUGCGCGCGAGCAUUCCAAGAAACUACUUAGAGCGUCAGUUUGGAAUGACACGCUGUUUCUGGCCCGUCAAAACGUCAUGGACUACUCACUAAUGAUUGCGGUUGACGAGGAGAGGAAGGAGUUGGUCGUGGGUAUCAUUGAUUGCAUCAGAACAUACACAUGGGACAAGAAGCUCGAAAGUUGGAUCAAAGAUCGCGGCUUCGCGGGCGGCGGUCGAAACAGGCCAACUGUGACGAGUCCGAAAGAGUACAAGUCACGGUUCCGAGAGGCCAUGGCUAGAUAUAUCCUUCAGGCGCCCAACUGCUGGCACUUGUUCAACAAUCCCCAACUGUCCACCAACUACGGCCAUGCGAGAUUUGAGGAGCCCGAAGCAGGGGCGAAAUAA